AAUCAAAAGAAUGCCCGAUGAAGAUAUAUGCCGGGUCUGUCGAUCUGAAGGAACUCCUGAGAAACCCCUCUAUCAUCCAUGUGUAUGUACUGGCAGUAUUAAAUUUAUCCAUCAAGAAUGCUUAGUUCAGUGGCUUAAACACAGCAGAAAAGAAUACUGUGAAUUAUGUAAGCACAGAUUUGCUUUCACACCAAUUUAUUCUCCAGAUAUGCCUUCACGGCUUCCAAUCCAAGACAUCUUUGCUGGACUGGUUACGAGUAUUGGCACAGCAAUACGAUACUGGUUUCACUAUACACUUGUGGCCUUUGCAUGGUUGGGAGUAGUACCUCUUACUGCAUGUCGCAUCUACAAGUGCUUGUUUACUGGCUCUGUGAGCUCGCUACUGACACUGCCGUUAGAUAUGCUGUCAACGGAGAAUUUACUGGCUGACUGUUUGCAGGGUUGUUUUGUUGUGACAUGCACUCUAUGUGCUUUUAUCAGCCUUGUUUGGUUACGUGAACAGAUCGUCCAUGGUGGAGCACCGCAGUGGUUAGAACAAAAUCAGCAACAGCCACUCAAUGGGGCGGGCCAACAAAAUGAGGCUCAGGCUGUUGCAAAUGGAGAUGUUGAAAAUGCUAUGCUUGAUCAACCUGCUAACCCAGCUGCUGAGAACGUAGUUGUAGGUGAGAACCCUGACAUUCAAGAAGAACAGGUAGAUGAAGAGGAAGAAGAUAACGAAGAUGAAGAAGAUGCUGUAGUAGAAGAUGCAGCAGAUGCAAAUAAUGGAGCACAAGAUGACAUGAACUGGAAUGCUUUGGAAUGGGAUCGUGCAGCAGAAGAGCUUACUUGGGAGCGAAUGCUUGGGCUCGAUGGAUCUCUGGUUUUUUUAGAACAUGUCUUUUGGGUGGUAUCUCUAAAUACGUUGUUCAUACUCGUGUUUGCAUUUUGUCCUUACCACAUUGGUCACUUCUCCAUUGUUGGCCUGGGUUUUGAGGAAUAUGUUCAAGCAUCUCACUUUGAAGGUCUGAUUACAACUAUAGUUGGAUAUGUGCUGCUCGCAGUGACUUUAAUUGUUUGUCAUGGUUUGGCAGCCCUUGUUAAGUUCCAGCGAUCGCGUCGUUUAUUAGGCGUUUGCUAUAUUGUUGUCAAGGUCUCCUUGUUAGUGGUGGUAGAAAUUGGUGUGUUUCCUCUCAUCUGUGGCUGGUGGUUGGAUAUAUGCUCUUUGGAAAUGUUUGAUGCCACUUUGAAAGACAGAGAAUUGAGCUUUCAGUCUGCCCCAGGUACCACAAUGUUUCUGCACUGGUUAGUUGGGAUGGUUUACGUCUUCUAUUUUGCAUCCUUCAUUCUCUUACUGAGAGAGGUGUUGAGACCUGGUGUCUUAUGGUUUCUCAGGAAUUUGAAUGAUCCAGACUUUAAUCCUGUGCAGGAAAUGAUUCACCUUCCCAUUUAUAGACAUCUCAGGAGGUUUAUAUUAUCAGUGAUUGUCUUUGGAUCAAUCGUAUUGCUCAUGCUUUGGCUUCCUAUACGCAUUAUUAAGUAUCUCCUGCCUAGCUUUCUUCCAUAUAAUGUUAUGCUCUACAGUGAUGCUCCAGUAAGUGAACUUUCCCUAGAGCUCCUUUUACUUCAGGUUGUGCUUCCAGCUUUGCUAGAACAAGGACACACAAGACAGUGGUUGAAAGGUCUUGUACGAGCAUGGACUGUUACUGCUGGAUACUUGCUGGACCUCCAUUCUUACCUGCUUGGUGACCAGGAAGAGAAUGAAAACAAUGCAAACCAGCAGCCUAACAACCAACAUGCUCGCAAUAACAAUGCCAUUCCAGUUGUGGGAGAAGGUCUGCAUGCAGCCCAUCAAGCCAUACUUCAACAAGGAGGACCUGUGGGCUUCCAGCCUUAUCGUAGGCCUUUAAAAUUCCCGCUCAGGAUAUUUCUUCUGAUUGUUUUCAUGUGCAUAACAUUACUGAUUGCUAGUCUUAUCUGCCUUACAUUGCCAGUGUUUGUGUUUUCAGUAUUUGCUGGUCGAUGGUUAAUGUCAUUUUGGACGGGGACCGCCAAAAUCCACGAGUUGUACACGGCUGCUUGUGGUCUUUACGUCUGUUGGCUAAGUAUUCGAGCGGUAACAGUGCUGGUUGCCUGGAUGCCACAGGGUCGUAGGGUGAUUUUUCAGAAGGUCAAAGAAUGGUCUCUCAUGAUAAUGAAGACACUGAUAGUGGCUGUGCUGCUAGCUGGUGUGGUUCCACUUUUGCUUGGUCUUCUAUUUGAACUGGUAAUCGUUGCACCUUUGAGAGUUCCUCUGGAUCAGACACCUCUCUUCUAUCCUUGGCAGGACUGGGCUCUUGGAGUUCUGCAUGCCAAAAUAAUUGCUGCCAUAACUCUGAUGGGUCCCCAGUGGUGGCUGAAAACUGUUAUUGAACAGGUAUAUGCAAAUGGGAUUCGUAACAUUGAUUUACACUUCAUAAUUCGUAAACUGGCGGCACCUGUAAUCUCUGUUCUGUUACUUUCCCUGUGUGUACCUUACAUCAUAGCCUCUGGUGUUGUACCUUUAUUAGGCGUUACUGCUGAGAUGCAAAACCUAGUUCAGCGUCGGAUUUACCCUUUUCUGCUCAUGGUGGUGGUUUUGAUGGGAAUCCUUUCCUUCCAAGUCCGCCAGUUCAAGCGCCUUUAUGAGCAUAUUAAAAAUGACAAGUAUCUCGUUGGGCAACGACUUGUGAAUUAUGAGCGAAAAUCUGGUAAACAAGGCACAUCAACAACUCCACCUCCGUCUUCACAAGAAUAGAAUGGUCGUGUUAAACAUCUUGACCUUCCCUUUGCCUUUACACGUCCUUUUUCAUAGACUUGUCUUCGGUCUUUGGACAUCUCUCCCAAUAAUACUCUCAGCAGUGUUUUUGGCUUCUGUUGUAGCAUCCAGAGAGCAGUUAAGGCUCUGUUCCUUUAUCUGCAUUUUCUGAUGUUAUCAAUGCUGUCUGAGGUCUGUAUAUGUGUAAAUAGAAGUAUCCUGAUGCCCUAAAACCUUGAAUUAAAAAGAAUGUGCAUUGUACAUCUUUAAAAAAGUAUAUUAAUUUAUUAAAUCUAGUUGUCACUUUAUUUUGGACUGCUGUUCUGUUGACAAUGUGCCACAAAGCAAUAGUGCAAGGAGGCAGGAUGUUUUUAUAAAAUUUGGAGAUUACUUUAUGGUGUUCAUAACAAUUCUUAUUACAGUAAUAUAGUAUGAUUUUUCUUGAGUAGAAAGCCACAGAGAGAAUAUAAAAAGAAGGAAAUAACUGUCUUAGAGUAAGCAGUGAAGUGGCUGUGGUGAGAACAUAAUGAACUAUGUAUCUUGCUGUCAAGUCUUUUUUAUUAUUUUGUAUAACACCAAAGCUGUUGUACAUUUUCUAUUGCCUGAUUGUUUUUCAUGUGUCUGAGUUUGUAAUACUGUACAGUUACUGUUAAAUCAAGAAAUAUUUCCUCUUCUGAGAA